UCGUCUUUCGUCUUCUUCUCCUUCACCUUCACCUUCUCACGCAAAUUCCGUUCUCUCUCUCUCUCUCUCUCUCUCUCUCUCUCUCUGAAAUUCAGGUUUAGAAGUUCUUCUUCUUCUUCUUCCGUGCGAAUAAUCGCUAUUACAAUUCUGAGUUCUUCUCUGCAGGGCUCAUCGGAUUUGAUCGAUGGAACGUGGGAAUGUUCCGAAAUUCGGCAACUGGGAGAGCGAGGAGAAUGUUCCUUACACAGCUUACUUUGAAAAAGCUCGGAAGGUUCGAACAAGCGGUGGCAAAAUGGUGAACCCGAACGACCCGGAAGAGAGCUCAGGUUUGUAUGCUCCAGCCUCUCCUCCUCCUCCUACAAGACCUAAGCCUGAGCAAGAGGAGCCGGUUAAAAGACAAGCUCGAACUACCUCUGCUGCUGGCUCUGAGAACAAUAGUUACGAGAGAUCUCCAUUGCAUAACCAUGCAAGGACGCCCGGUAGGAGUGUCGGCGCCCCCUCGCCUCUAUGGGAUGGAGGCAAGAACUCGUAUGAUGGCACUGGAAGAUCCAAGCCACGAUCCAACAACAUUAGGGGUGACGAAAGCCCUGACAAAGGUACAGUCGUGCCGAAAUUUGGAGACUGGGAUGAAAACAACCCUUCGUCGGCCGAUGGAUACACACAUAUCUUCAAUAAAGUACGGGAAGAAAGAAAUUCUGCGGGAACGGGAACAGGAUCUUCGAGAACUCCUUCUCACCCGAGCACCAAACCACCUUCAGACGGCACCAAGUGCUGCUGCUUUUCUUGGGGAGGAAAAUGAGGGGAUUUUCCGGGAAGAUUCUUGGAUCUGCUCGAGUUUACGAUGAAGUUUGUAUAUAGUAUCGAGGAAACGUUGGUUAAUUUAUCGGUUUACAUCUACCUUGAAGCUGUUUCGGAUGAAAUAAGGCAUCGGUUCCCCGGCAUAAGAUUAGAGAGAAAGCUAUAUGUAAUGUUUGUUUGCUUUACUUUUGUUUAUGUAAUUCUUCCAACUUGUUACCUUUUGUGUUUUCUUGCUAGCUUUUGUUAACAUUUCUAUGUGAACCCUUUGUGUUUGGUUGGAGCAAUGGUCGUUGCAGUA